AUACGAAUUUUGUAAAGAUUUACGGAUUCUAGAUUUUAAAUUUGCAGUUGGAUGCUCUACCAGUUAUUGCUACGUUGAAGCUGGUAAAGACAUAAAGAGAUUGCGGAGCCGAGCAAAGCAUCCUGCGAAGCUCCACGUCUGGGGAGGUAUAUCAACCAGGGGUACAACUGAUCUCGCGAUUUUCAAAGGGACUGUGCGAAUGGAUUCGAAGCUUUAUUGUGAGAUUUUAGAGACUUGCUAUCUCGACUUUUCCCAAAGGGCAUUCAACGGGUUUGCUAAGUUGGUGCAGGACAAUGCGCCGGCCCAUAAAAGUGCAUACACCACGAGACGUCUCUCGCAGUGGAGCGUAAGAACCGUGGAAUGGCCAGCAGAGUCCCCAGACCUGAACCCAAUCGAACUUGUAUGGGGAAGCAUGAAAGCAUACAUCCGCAGGCAACAUCUCCGCACAACUGAAGAACUGGAAAAUGCUAUCCGUACGUACUGGAGUCAGCUUACACCGGAGAUAUGUCAGAAGUACAUAUCAGGAAUUCAAUGGAGGAUGCCUUUAGUUGUCUCAGCACGCGGUGGAAAUAUAAUUGAAAGAAAUCCAAAUAAGAAAGGAAUACAAGUAUCUGCAAUAGAGGAGACCGACAGCGAGUCUGAAGAGGAUGAUAACUGGUUUUGA